CUCCCCUCGGGCGCUGACCGGUGUGUGUGGGGCGGCCGGCGGGGCAUGUCCGCCGCGUCCCGCUGAAUGGCGCCGCUCCGCCGCCCGCCGCUGCUGCCGCUGCUGCUGCUGCCGCUGCCAGGAGUGUGGUGCUUUAGUGAACUGUUUUUUGCGAAAGAGCCUCAGGACGUUACUGUCUCAAGGAAGGAUCCGGUGGUUUUAGACUGCCAAGCCCGUGGUGAAGCUCCUAUAACUAUUACAUGGCUGAAAAAUGGAGGCAAAGUGUCUGAAAAUGAACGGAUCUACACUUUAUCCAAUGGUUCGUUGUAUAUCCGUGAGGUGGAAGGAAAAAAAGGAGAGCUGUCUGAUGAAGGAUUUUACCAGUGUUUAGCUCUGAACAAAUAUGGGGCCAUUCUCAGCCAAAAAAGCCACCUCACUCUAGCAACCAUUUCUGCAUUUGAAGUCCAGCCACUUUCAACUGAGGUCCAAGAGGGUGGAGUAGCUCGAUUUGCCUGUAAAAUAACAGCAAACCCUCCUGCCACUGUGACAUGGGAAGUGAAUCGAACAACUUUACCUUUAGUCAUGGACAGGAUAACGGCUCUGCCUACAGGAGUUCUUCAGAUCUAUGGUGUGGAACAGAGGGAUGCUGGGAAUUACCGAUGUGUUGCCACAACAACAGCCAACAGACGUAAAAGCACCGAGGCAGUGCUGAGUGUUAUCCCAGCCUCUGACUUGAAGCCUUUUCACAAGCCAUCCAUAAUAGCUGGUCCUCAAAACAUUACAGCAUCUCUUCAUCAAACUGUCAUACUUGAGUGUGUAGCCACAGGGAAUCCAAAGCCAAUCAUCUCAUGGAGCCGAUUAGACCAUAAGUCCAUUGAUGUGUUCAACACCCGCGUCCUUGGCAACGGGAACCUCAUGAUCUCUGAUGUGAAGGGGCAGCACGCAGGUGUGUACGUCUGCCGGGCCACCAUUCCAGGCACUCGGAACUUCACGGUGGCAAUGGCAACUCUCACCGUGCUGGCUCCACCUUCAUUCGUGGAAUGGCCAGAAAGCUUAACAAGGCCUAGAGCUGGUACUGCUCGUUUUGCUUGUCAGGCAGAAGGAAAUCCUGCCCCUAAAAUUUCAUGGUUAAAGAACGGACGGAGAAUACACUCCAAUGGUAGAAUAAAAAUGUACAACAGUAAAUUGGUGAUUAACCAGAUCAUUCCUGAAGACGAUGCCAUUUACCAGUGCAUGGCUGAGAAUAGCCAGGGAUCUAUUCUCUCAAGGGCCAGACUUACUGUAGUUAUGUCAGAAGACAGGCCCAGUGCACCUUACAAUGUCCAUGCUGAAACCAUGUCAAGCUCAGCAAUCCUGCUGGCGUGGGAGAGGCCGCUGUAUAACUCGGACAAAGUGAUUGCAUACUCGGUGCACUACAUGAAAGCAGAAGGUUUAAAUAAUGAGGAGUACCAAGUGGUCAUUGGAAACGAUACAACCCAUUACAUUAUUGAUGACCUGGAACCAGCCAGCAACUACACCUUCUAUAUUGUAGCUUAUAUGCCUCUGGGAGCCAGUCAGAUGUCAGAUCAUGUGACUCAGCACACCCUUGAAGAUGUUCCCUUGAGAGCGCCUGAAAUCAGUUUGACGAGCAGGAGUCCUACAGAUAUUCUCAUAUCUUGGCUGCCAAUUCCUGCAAAAUACAGGAGAGGUCAGGUCGUCCUGUACCGUCUGUCCUUCCGCCUCAGCACAGAGACCAAAAUCCAAGUCCUGGAGCUCCCAGGGACUUCAGAUGAGUAUCUCCUUGAGGGCCUGAAGCCUGACAGUGUGUACUUGGUUCGUAUCACUGCUGCAACAAGGAUUGGCUGGGGAGAGGCAUCUUUGUGGACUUCGCACCGAACUCCCAAGGCUACCAGUGUGAAAGCACCAAAGUCUCCCGAGCUGCGUUUGGAGCCCAUGAACUGCACAACCAUCUCAGUGCAGUGGCAGCAGGACUCUGAGGACACUGCAGCUAUUCAGGGGUACAAGCUGUAUUACAAGGAAGAGGGGCAGCAGGAGAACGGACCCAUUCUGUUGGAUGCCAGUGAUCUUGAAUAUAUUGUCAGUGGUUUAGAUCCUAGAAGAAAGUAUCAUGUAAGGCUGCUGGCAUACAACAGUAUGGAAGAAGGUUAUCAGGCAGACCAAACAGUCAGCACUCCUGGAUGUGUCUCUGUCCGUGAUCGCAUGGUGCCACCUCCACCGCCUCCUCACCACCUCUAUGCCAAAGCAAACACUUCAUCUUCCAUCUACCUCCACUGGGGGAAACCUGCCUUUACAUCUGCACAGCUCAUCAACUACACAGUGCGCUGCAACCCCGUGGGGCUGCAGAACGCGUCCCUGGUGCUCUACCUCCAAACGUCAGAGACUCAUAUGUUAGUUCAAGGUCUUGAGCCAAAAACUAUGUAUGAAUUUGCAGUUCGGUUGCAUGUGGACCAGCUCUCCAGUCCCUGGAGUCCUGUAGUCUACCACACCACCCUCCCAGAAGCACCAUCUGGCCCUCCAGUAGGAGUGAAGGUGACUUUGAUAGAGGAUAAUACUGCUUUGGUUUCCUGGAAGCCACCUGAUGGUCCUGAAACAGUUGUUACACGAUACACUAUCCUCUACGCAUCCAGGAAGUCUUGGAUUGCUGGGGAAUGGCAAGUGUUGCACAGAGAAGGAGCAAUGACCAUGGCUUUGCUGGAAAACCUUGUAGCAGGAAACAUCUACUUGGUUAAAAUAGCAGCCUCCAAUGAAGUGGGAGAAGGACCCUUCUCAAAUGCAGUGGAAUUUGCUGUCCUGCCGAAGGAGACAUCGGAAUCUAAUCAGAGACCCAAACGCUUGGAUUCCGGAGAUUCCACAACUUAUUCUGACUAUUACCAUCUGGACCAGAAAUCAAUGACUGGCAUUGUUGUUGGGGUUUGCAUAGCCUUGACCUGCAUCCUUAUCUGCAUCCUGAUCUUAAUCUAUCGAAGUAAAGCCAGCAUUGGAAACAAAGCACUUUGUUGGCUCUUCCUACUCUACCUGAGCCCCUUCUCCAAUGAAAAGGAGGAAGAACCCACAGAGAAAACAUCUGCUCCUAAGCCAGUGCAGCAAAACACUGACCAGCUGUCACAUACCAGCAUCUCAUUAGCCAGUGCUAAUGAGGUGGAGAAGAAUACUGAAGGAAUUGCAGAGAAUGAAGAAUCCUUACUGCCAAUGAUAGUGGGAAACAACUUCAUCGAUGCUAAGGGAGGAUCUGAUCUGAUUAUUAACAGCUAUGGGCCUGUGACAAAGGCUAACAGCAAGAAAAGGUGGCUGUUCUUCCAAGAUACUAAGAAGGUGAAGACUGAGGAGCCUCCGAGAAGGUUUGGGCAGGUGGUGUGUCUGUACCAGCCAGGCCCCCCCGUGCUGGUCAGCGAGGACUCCCCCAGCUCUCCGGGCCAGCAGUCCAACUUCCAGGUGCCCUUCAGUAUGGCUGCUGACACGGAGCAUUCGGCCAACAGCGAGGGAAGCCACGAGACCGGCGACUCUGGAAGGUUUUCUCAUGAAUCCAACGAUGAGAUACAUCUCUCCUCUGUGACCAGUGCCACCCCUCCCACCACCAGUCCUUUUGUGAGCAGUGACUUGGGUACGAACGCGAUGAGCCCGACCAUCAGUGACUGCACAGAGUCUCCCCUGCUGUUUGCUGCUGACCAGACUCCUACCUCACCUCCUCAGAUCCACCCUGCAGUGCAAAACUGACAUCCUGGGGCCACACCAGACAUUCUGACAGUGUAUGUCUGUUCGAAGGACAAUGAACAGGGAGCCAAAGUUUUAUUGUGGAAAGCCUGACUAACCUAGCAGGUGAUCCAUAUUUCUGUUGAAUGUUUGUUUUGCCUUUUUUUUUUCUUGCUUUAUUUUGAUUUGGUUUUUUUUUUAAAACUCACUCAUUUUGAAUGUUCAGUGGUCAAAAAAUGUGAAAGGAGUGAAGAUUUCUGACUAAAGUUAAAAAUAUGUCACUGGAGCAAAGGGAAGGCUGUUGGCCCUUUUGCUGACUAUCUACCUCAGUUUGCCGAGAGGUGAACUCUGAAUGACGACUGCUUUACCUCAUUUGUGUUCUAGUUGGUCUCAGCUAUGGAACUGAUGAUACUUCCUAGUAAUGUUGUUUUAUUUUGAGUUUUUUGGGUUUGGUUUGGUUUUUCCCCCCCCCAGUUGUGUGUAGAAUGUGUGUGUGUAUGUGUGCGUGCAUAUGUAUGUGCUCAGCGAUCAGGGAGUUGUAUAGGUUGGUGAACAAGAUUGUUUAGCUGAAGCUCUGUCUUUGAAAAGAAGGAAACCUCAGAGUAUAAAAAGUUAGGAUUUCAUGUGGUUGACACAGAGUAUGUUAAAAACUGGGAAAACUGGAGCUUCCACAUGUAGAGCCACAUGAAAUCUUUUGUACCUCUUGAUUUCUUAUAACCCCAGUAAGCCUAGGACAGUGCCUUUCCCCCAGAAACCUGUGCCAGCAACUGCUGACAGGAUGUUUGCUAUAUCCUUAGGACUCUGGGACAUGGUGGAUUCCCCACAGUGUGACAAAUGUUGCCCCUUUAUUCACAGUUAAGGCUAAAAAGCAUGGCAAAAUGAAGAAGUACUCAGCAUUUACAAACAGUGUGGCUUUGCCUGAGAGUUAUGGAAAAGAUAAUAAUGCUGAGUAUUCCAGUAUCACAGUACUUCUUAGCAAUGGUGCCUUGCAUUAUAUAUUAUGAAAUUACUGAUUUGCCUUAUGCCUUUUUAGUAUUCAUAAAGUUGCUUUGGAGUACAGAAAGAUGCCUUAAAUCCUUCUUAGAUUUUUUAAAGUAAACUGUAUCAUGAGUUUAUAGUUCAUUUUUACCCAGAUUUGAGUGCUGAUACGCACUGCUAGCAUUGUAAUGUCUCAGAGCUGUUGUUAGAAUGCAACCCUGCUCCUUGCCUUCACCUAGUGUGCUAUUAGCCAGGAAUUUUAGCUCAGGGAGUUUACCACAUGCCAAUCUAAAACUCUUAGUAGGCUACCAUGAGAAAUAAUAAAGCCAGAGCUUUAGUUGAAGAGUCUGUUUAAAGAGGUGAGUACUGCUACUGCCUCAAACCCAUGCAAUUCCUGUUUUAUACUACCUCCUUUAAAAAUUAUUCUAGUGUUUUUUGGGUUUUGUUGAUGUUGUUUUUUCCUGUACUCAGGGAACAGUUUGUUACUUUUAAGCUGCCUCACAGAAACGUGGAGCAAACUGACAGGGUAUCGUUUUGUUUUUUAAUAGGAGAGAGCGAGAGACAGGGAGGGGGCUGGAAUCAUCCAAUGUUAGAAACUUGCCUGUAUCUAUAUCCAGUCUUCUUCUCACUCCUCCUCUUUCCCUGUUUUACUUAAACAUAAAAAAAAAAGAAAAAAAAAAGAAAUAAAGAAAAGGAAAGGAAAAAAAUUAGGCAUAUGUUUUUACUCAAAGAAAAUGUUUAAAAUGUAAUGUGGUGAGAAAUCAACCAUAGGAACUCCUGGCUCUAUUUAAGUCUGUCAGAACUCCAUUGACUUUACUGGGGCUGAGAUGUCACUCUCCAGGUGGGCCAGGCUGGCUCGUGUUGUUCCUCAUGUAUCAGUAGGAGGUGAGAAGUUGUUGGUAAGCCCUACUCUUCUGGUUGGUUUGUGCUGAGGAAUCUGGCUCUGGUUGCUGGAGUUCUGUUUAGAACUGUUUGCUAGUUCACAUUCACCUUCCAUAACAGCGUUGAUUCAAAUGCUUUAAAAAUGAUCUUGUACCAAAGACUUUUCUGUAGAAGAGAAGGAAGCCACAUAUUGUCCAAAAAUAAUUAAACUAGGUAAAAAAUUAUAGGUUUGAAGAGCUGAAUACAUUUUAUUGUAUAAGUAGUUACUAACAAAAACCAAUAGGGCUUCUUGAUUGUAGUAGCCAAUUGCAUAGGUGAAUUGUAUGCUUCUACAAUUUUAACUACCUUGUUGUUACAAGAGCCUUUAAAGAAAGUUAUAAUACCAGCAGAUACCUCCAAAGAAUUCCAAGUGUAAUUUUUUUCUCCAGCAUGUAGUUGAUUAACAAUACAGUAUUAAGAAAAAUAUUUUUGAACAGUUUUUUAUCUACUUGCUGAAGAAAAAGAAAACCUUUUCACCAAAGAUUUAUUUUUGGUCUUGUCAGGCAGAAUGUUUAGUGUACAGCAGAGUACUCUUUCUAGUUAGGAAAAGUGUGAAUUAAUCAAAAUUAGAGUAAGAAUGUGUAACUGUAGCAUGAAGUUUCACACUUCAUCUUUCAGAGUAGCCUCUUUUGUUAGUCUCAUUCAGAAAGAGCUGAUAUGCAGAUGGUAACUGCUUCUCCAAAGACUUGUUUGCUGUAAGUACUGGUAAUCAGAUGUAAUUUUAUAACCUUCAUUACAGGUAAAUACUAUAAAUCCACUUUGCAGUUUAACCUAUGGAUGAUUUGAGUGAAAAAGACUUCAUAUAAAAUCUGUCAAUCUUCUAUAGAUGCUCUAAGUUUAAUAAGCCAAAGAGUUGAAAAUACUCAGUGUAUUAGAGACCAGAACUCUAUUGAUCACUUAAUGUUUUAUCAAGGUACUUCUUAUCAGCAAAUAAAGAAAACCAAAGAUAUUUAAGGUUACCUCAGCAUAUAGGCAAACUUAGUUAGGCAUUAAUUAUUCUGUCUUUUUCUUUACUUUUAUGUUAACCAAAUAUAAUACACUUCUCCAGAACCCAGUCUACAUUCAUGUGCUUCCCUUUGGCACAGUCGUGAUUGCUACAGAACAGAAAAUAUCCUCUCCUCAAAAUUUAUAGCCUAGCAGUAAUAUAUCACAAGAUUUUGUGGUAGAAAAUUUGUCUUACAAUUGAAAACUCCAACAAGGUAAGCAAAGGAAUCUCCAGAAAAAUUGUGUAGAAAUCGAUACUUUAUUUAUUGAUCUCAAUAGCAGAAUCAAUCCUUCAUGAUUGUAACAGUGCAGAAGUGGGCUCAGAGUUUAAAUGCUUCACAUCCUUGAAGCCAAUACAGGUAAUUAUGAAUAUGGUAUUACAGAUAAUAAUUUUCUUAAAAAUUUGUACCUGUGGCUGUCUAAGGAAAGGAGUUUUUUAUAUGUAAACGUCUUCAUUCCAUUUGCCUAGAAAGAGCUGGCAGAACACAGCAGGCAGACUGGUUUCAGGUUUUCCAGGUUUUUUUUUUUCUUGGUUAUGUCUGUAGAAACUGGAUCCUGGAGAAAAAAAAAUAAUUUCUUAAUUAUGAGUUUUUCUAAAUAUGUUCUGAAAGAUGAACAUAAAUGUGGAAUUUAGUGUUACACUAUGAGAAUUGAUUUUGUUUAACUGCACUGAGAACUAAGGAGCCAUGGCUGGUGUAAUGAGUGUAUAUGCAACCCUCGUGUUUUAAAAAAAAGAGCAAAAAUCAUGUGACUUGAAAAGCAUCAAAACUUAAAGAGGAAACCUUGAAAGCUGACUUACCACGCUAAUCAUGUUUCUAAGUGAGCACUCUGCCCUUCAGCUGCAACAGCAAUGCCUGUUCUGCAGAACCUGGAUCCAAACCUAAGUGCUCAAUCUGCCCACAGUUACACUUGUGUACUUUCUUCAUAUUUAACAAAUAAAAAAUAUUCUCAUCUUUCAGGAAUUAUCUAAGAAAAUUGGGAAUGUGUAUGCUGUGUAGAACAGGGCAUAUCAGUUGAUUAUUUUUGUAAUAGUUCUGAUUUUGUAAGAGAAAACUAAAAAAUCUGCAUAUCACUUUCAGUAAUUUCCUAUAUUAGCUCUGUGUUUUCUGUAUAACUAUGAAAAGGGUAUCAAGAGAUUGCUUUGCCUGGUUUUAAUUAUUCUUAUAGUUCAUUCUCUGGGUUUAGUCUCAUGUUUUAGACUAUGAGCUUCAUCUUGUUUGCUUUAUUCAAAUAAGGGCCAUCAUCCUGUUUCUUUUUAAGCCAAUGGGAGAAUUAAUUUGUAUUUCAGUUUGCACGGUCGGGACAGACAAAAUAAGCUUUUUGUUUGGUUGGUUUUUAAAUCUCCACUGUAUUAUUAUUUUAGAAGGACAGAAUUCUUAAAUGGUUAAAACUCCCAUUGGCUUAAGGUUUUGUUGUGUUGGGCCCUCUGGUUCCACUGCGAGUUGGGCUCCUUCGAAUUAAGUUUUCUGGUUUUCAUGAUUGCAUAUACCCACAUUGCACCUGCCUGGUGUGUUUUCAGUGAAGACUGACUGUAUAUGAAAAACUGACUUAUACAAAUGUUGCUUUUUGAUUGUUUGGCUUUUGGUUUUUGGUUGGUUUUUUUUUGUUUGUUUGUUUUUUUAAGUUGUGAAUGACUUGCCAGUGUAGGAGCCAGGUAUGUAUCUCAUAUUGUGGUGUUCUGGAUCCUUUCACUCCGUGUGCCAUUUUCUUCUAAGGGCAGCAAUAGGUGACUGGCUAAUGGAGGAUGGAGCUGAAUUGUAUUAAUUUUAUAUUUGUCUCAGGGGAUCAGCUCUGUGAAUUCCAUUGGGUGAGGGAAGCUAAUGUUUGCCCUGAUUUGAAUGUAACUUUUUAAUGUCCUUUAAAAACUAUUUUGUUUAAUAAUGUGGAUUUGUUUUUCUUUUUCUAGCAUCCUAGUAAAUGUUACCUAGUGUGUUGGUUCAUUUUUCCCCUCCAGGGUUGUUUAUAUACUACCCCAAGGUCAUGCCAAAAAGUAAUAGAAGUUUAAAUGCCAAAUGUUUAUGGAACUGCUGUCUAAAUACUGAUUGAUUGCACAGUUGAAAUAAAAGUUUUCCUUAGUAAAAGUG